UCCUCAUAUGAAUAAAAACAGUACACACAGGUUCUGUCUCUCAACGUGACCGAGUUGGCUCUCUCAUUCACACAGCAACAGGCUCGCUGCCAGACAAGCAGGCUGAUGCUUCUUCUAACCACCACAAAAAACCAGAGAAUGCCUCACCUCAACCCUCGCCUCUUCUGCACCUGUCAAAUCUUCCAAAACUGACACUGUUGCUGUGGAAACCAUGAUGAAAUGAUAGAAAAGGGAGGCGAGGAGGAUUCCCCGACAGACAGAGCCCUGCCAGGAGCCUGGAAGGAGGACACCUAGACUACUUAGAGACACUGACAGAACUGAGGGAGGAAGCCUAACCGAGCUGAGGACCAGCAGCAUGGACCAGCAGCAUGGAAAAGUGGAGCGCUUCCUCAAGCUGGGCUACUCCCACAGUGACAUUGUGCGCGUGUUGGAGAGCCUGCGCCAUGACGCCCAGACAAACGACAUACUGGAGGAGCUGAUCAAGACCUGCCAGACCCCCACUACCACCACCCCAUCCAUACCAGUCAGCCGCUCAGCCUACUCCAGCCCACAGCUGAUCCCCCGAGGCUGCAGCUCUCCCCAGCCCAGCCAGCCCCUGCGGCCCAGCUCAGCUACAGACAGGGAUCCCACUGGGGGAUUCAGACCAGUGGUCAUUGAUGGGAGCAAUGUGGCCAUGAGCCAUGGCAACAAGCAAGUGUUUUCAUGCCGGGGGCUGCUGCUGGCAGUCAGGUGGUUUCUGGAGAGGGGUCUUCGUGACAUCACUGUGUUCGUGCCCCUGUGGAGGAAGGAGCAGCCCAGUCCCGAGGCCCCCAUGACAGCAGAUCAGCACAUCCUCCAUGAGCUGGAGAAGAGGACGAUCCUGGUGUACACCCCGUCACGCUGCGUCAACGGGAAGAGAGUGGUGUGUUACGACGACCGCUACAUCGUCAAGCUGGCCUACGAGUCCGACGGCAUCGUUGUGUCCAAUGACAACUACAGAGACCUGCAGAUAGAGAGGCCAGAGUGGAAGACGUUUAUAGAGGAAAGGCUGUUGAUGUACAGCUUCGCCAAUGACAAGUUCAUGCCUCCAGAUGAUCCUCUGGGAAGGAAUGGCCCAACGAUUGACAACUUUCUGAUGAAAAAGCAGUGGACCCCAGAAAACAAGCAGCAGCAUUGCCCGUAUGGAAAGAAGUGUACUUACGGAGUGAAGUGCAAGUUCUACCACCCAGAGCGCUCCAACCAAUCACAGCUGUCUGUGGCAGAUGAGCUGAGAGCCAAGAGCAAACCUACUGCUCAAACAGACAGGGAGCGGUCAUUUCUCCCCUCAGGCCCCAGCCCUGCUCUGAUCCAGGAAGUCAGCCAGGAGGCCCACCCUUACACAUCCCCUUAUGAGCUGGAUCUAACUACUACUCAUCUAUACAGAUAUCUAUCCACACCGCCUCCCCUUAUAAAAGAAGAGCAUUCCCAUUCCCACAGGGCUUCGCCUAGCGAUCAGUUCACCAGCCAGAGAAAAACAGGCAGCCCAACUCUACACCACAGGUCCAGCCUCCGCCUCUGCCCCAGCCCAGACACUGACGAGGCCUUCAGCUCCCUGGAAGCCUCCCUAUCCAGACUCUAUGUCCAGGACCAGACCAACAACACCAAGGGGCCAGUGGUGUCCUACACCUACAGCAGUGGGGUGGCCAACUGCAGCCAGCACAGUGGGGACUUCUACCCUUCCAGCACUUCCAGCAGCCACGCCAGCAACCAACAGAGGCUCAGCCUGGGUAGACUCUCCUCAGCCUGGGAUUCCCCGCAAAAACUGCCACAGUGUGGCUGUGACGACUCACAAAGCUUUGAGUGCAGCCUGUGCAUGUACAGACACCAACAUCUCCAGUCAAAGCUAGGAGGGUGCUCCUAUGCUGUACACAGUAACCAUAUCCAUUUCACAGAGCAGCAGUACUUCCAGAGUCCUCCCCUACAAAGGCAGAGUCACAGCCUCCCAGAACACAGCCCGGGACAGGGCCUCUCUGGCGAGAGAGUGGGGAUGACCAGGUCAAAUGGAGGUAAAGCUCCAGAGAGUGAGCAGAGGAGGAGUGUGAAGAACCAGCUCAGCACCCUCUUCCCCCACAGCAUGGUAGACUAUGUGAUGAGUGUGUACCCACACACCCUCAAUAUGUCAGAGCUGGUGCCUCUGAUUCAGAGGUUCCGAAUCAGCCACAUUCCUUUCUAACAUGCAAGACCUGUGAUCAUUUCUCUGUAAGCAUUAAACACACUAGUCUUCAGCAGACUAGAGGAAAGCCUGAAAUGUAGCAAUCUGAGCUGAAUGUGUUAUGUCAAGUGCAAUGCACUACUGUCUCCUGAAUGAUGCUAGUUCAUUUUGAAUCUAGUAUUGACUUAAAUAUAUUCAAAGCAGCAUGUGUUGUUUUAUCAUGUAGCCUCAAACUGAGGGAAGCUAUAAGACAAAAUGGAUGUUGACCUGUAUGGUAUGCAGAAUAAUGCUGUCCUUGUCAUUUUUCUUAUCCAUAUUAAACAUAAGUCAUUGGCAA